CGAUAUAAUAUUUCGCGUCGUUUUCUUCAUGAUUUCUUGUUCCCGUCUUUCUCUCUCCUCCAGGUACAUUCUCGCUCCCUUUUAUUCUACUAUUGCGCAAUGCAAUCGUUAUCUUAAUCUUCAAGUAUUUUUCUUCCCCCGAAUUUCUUUCGCGAUGAAGUUCCAUUCAGAUCUCAAUUUUUUCCUCUGAAAAAUUCGGUCGGUUAGGUUUUGAAAACAGGUUUGAUUUCCAGCGAUUGGAGAUUAUGCGAACGAUUCCAAUCCCGAAGAAGAAGAAGAACAAUUAAGAUUUUUUUUUUAAUUUAAAAGGAAAGAUCAGAUAAUUUGAAGAAAGGCCAGAUUGAAGUGAAUAUUAUGGGUUAUUUGAAUUCGGUAUUAACAUCUUCUUCCAACAAAAUUGAUGUUGACGACGCGCCGGUCAGCGGUGGCGGUCUCAGUCAGGAUGGCAAAUUUAGCUAUGGAUAUGCGAGCUGCCCAGGAAAACGAUCAUCAAUGGAAGAUUUCUAUGAAACUAGGAUUGAUGGUAUAGAUGGAGAGGUUAUUGGCCUAUUUGGAGUUUUUGAUGGUCAUGGAGGUGCUCGAGCUGCAGAGUAUGUUAAGCAAAACCUUUUCAGCAAUUUGAUUAAACAUCCAAAUUUUAUCUCUGAUACCAAAUCAGCAAUAGCUGAUGCAUAUAGCCAUACGGACUCUGAAUUUCUGAAAUCAGAAAACAGUCAAAAUAAAGAUGCUGGAUCAACUGCUUCUACUGCCAUUCUCGUUGGCGACCGUUUACUGGUUGCUAAUGUUGGGGAUUCUAGAGCUGUCAUUUGCCGUGGUGGGCAUGCUAUUGCUGUUUCUCGUGACCACAAGCCAGAUCAGAAGGAUGAGCGACAACGUAUUGAAGAGGCUGGAGGAUUUGUCAUGUGGGCAGGUACCUGGCGAGUUGGAGGUGUACUUGCUGUUUCCCGAGCAUUUGGUGAUAGGCUUUUGAAACAGUACGUUGUUGCUGAUCCAGAAAUCAAGGAGGAAAGGGUUGACAGUUCACUUGAAUUCCUUAUCCUUGCAAGUGAUGGCCUAUGGGAUGUAGUGACAAAUGAGGAAGCAGUGUCGAUGGUGAAGCCAAUAAAGGAGCCGGAGGAAGGGGCAAAGAGGCUGAUGCAGGAAGCAUACGAGAGAGGCAGUUCCGAUAACAUCACCAUUGUCAUCGUCCGUUUCCUUGCUAAUGACCUUUCCUCCUCCUCUUCUUCUUCUUCUCAGGAUGCUAGCAGUACUGCUGCCCUCUCUGGUCAAUGAAUCAACAAAAACAACAGUGGUGAUCUCAUCUGAUGAUAUUCUUCUUUCAGGCAAGGACUAAUUUCAUUUGUAAAUGAACAUAUAUACUACAAAUAUAUAUAUAGGAUGCGAAAUCAAAACAAAAAAAACAAAAAAAAUCAAAAAACAAACAAACAAGACUUGACAGGGGAGUGACCACCAAGCUCAUCAUCAUCAUCAGCGAUUAUUUGUUGUAUGAUUAAUUUUAAUUUGUGUUGUUAUAGCCCGUGAUUCGUUUGCGUUACGUUAAUUGUAAUUUCAUUUCAUUAGAUUUUAGAAUUGGCGGCAAACUUGGCCACGGUUCGUUCUAUGUUCUGUAACUUCUGUUUCUUAUGCACCUUGUUUGUUCAUUU